AUGGUGGCGUUGGUACCUUUUGUGGUUCCCAUCGUGGGUGACAAAACAUUGCUGGUGUGGGAGCUGAGCUCUGGACCCACGGCCGAGGCCUUGCAACAUUCUCUGUUCACAGUCUUCUCCCAGUUUCGCCUUCUGUAUUCGGUCCGAGUCUUCCCAAACGCAGCAGUGGCCGGUCCUGGGUUCUAUGCCAUCAUCAAGUUUUAUUCAGCAAGGGAUGCCCACAGAGCCCAAAAGGCAUGCGACCAGAAGCAGCUUUUUCAGACAUCUCCAGUGAAGAAUUCUCAAUCGUAA